AAUCUUUCUUCACAAAAUUAAGCAUAAUUAUUAGUAUCAAACUUCAGAAAAUUUGCAACAGGGAUCCUCUUCCGUGACGGUUCAAAUAUUACGCGUUUGUUCAAUCGAUGUCUUUGGUUGUUCUUUCGCAAUCUUAACCCUUUUCCGCCAUGCGAGCGACACAACCACACGCCAAUAAUCGCACAACACAAAUCAAUUCAGCCUCCAAUUAACGCCUCCUUUUGAUUCGGCUUGGCUCGGCUCGGUUGUUAGAGUAAUUGGAGGAGGGGGUACAAAUACAAGAGCGUAAUUGUUUGUGCUUUCAUCUAUGUUUGGGGGUGUUAACGCUCCUGCUAAUAGUCCACACCUACGCAAGUCUGGGAGUAGACCUGUUGUUUAUGAUCUUGAUGAACAUGAGGUGGAAAAUGGCAUCGAGGAGGGUUUAUUGCAUCCCGUAGAGGCAGAUGAUUCAAAGGGUGGUACGCCCGUGAGUGCUGCUGCAAUGAUGCCAUCGCCCAUUUUGUUGUGGAGAUUCAAGGUACUAUUGUUCUUCAUUUGGGGCUUCAUCUGUUGCAAGGUUGGAUGGGAUUCUGUCAUGAGAAUGAGUGCAGACAAGCGGGAUUUGUUCCUUUAUGAAGCAUUUUUGUAUUUUAAUCCUCUUCUUCUAGCGGCUUUGAUGGUUUGGCUGUGGGGAAUCAACUUAUGGUUUUUUGCUCAAGGUGGAGUCAAUUAUGCAAAAAUAUUUGAUCUUGAUCAAAGUCAUCUGACUCAUAGAGAAAUAUGGAAGUGUGCUACAUGGAUGACAAUUAUUGUUCCAACCAGUAUGACAGCAUAUAUUUAUCUUUAUUCUCAUGGAGAAGUCUCAUAUGCUGCAUCACAACCAGUGCUCUUAUAUACUGCUGCUGUAAUGGUUUUGAUAUUCCCCUUUGAUAUCUUUUAUUUUUCAUCUAGAUAUUUCUUCUUAAGGACUCUCUGGCGAAUAGUUUUCCCAUUACAGGCGAUAUCAUUCACAGAUUUUUUCUUGGCUGAUAUCUUAACUUCCAUGGCUAAGGUCUUUUCUGAUUUGGAGCGUUCAGUAUGUAGAAUGGUCCAUCGACAGGUUGCCACAAUUGCUUGGUUGGAAGCUGAUUCUGUUUGUGGCAGCCACUCUGUUGCAAUCCCUUUGGUUCUUGUUUUGCCUUAUCUUUUCCGCUUAAACCAAUGUCUCCGGCAGUACAAAGAUACUGGAGAGAAAACUACUCUUCUGAAUGCUUUGAAAUAUUCGACCGCAAUGCCUGUGAUUUUUCUUUCUGCCCUUAAAUAUCACGUCUUCACUGAGAGGUGGACAAACUUUUAUAGGCCUCUCUGGCUUCUGGCAGGUGUUGUAAACUCAUCAUACUCCUUCUACUGGGAUGUGAAUCAAGAUUGGGACCUAAGUGGCUUCACUCGAAUAUUCAAGUUUAACAAGCCACAUCUGUUCUCACAUAUGUUACACGGAAGGAGAUGGGUUUACUUUUGGGUGAUUGGAAGCAAUUUGGUUUUGCGUUGCACGUGGACAUAUAAGCUGUCUGCCCAUCUUCGUCAUAAUUACCUCACGGUGUUCUUCAUUGCUGCUUUGGAGAUUUUCCGCCGCUUCCAGUGGAUAUUUUUCCGUGUUGAAAAUGAGUGGAACAAGAUGAAUUCCAAAUCACACUCUCAUCUCUUGGUCAAUGAGAUCUCAAACGAUGAAGAGAAAUUACUUCAUUCCAUUAACUACAGUGUAUAGGCUAGAUAACAGUAUGAUGCCUAAUGCUUUGGCAGUAUCAUACAAGACAUUACAACAACGCCGUAUAUGCUCGAGUAGGAGGAGUAAGCAAUACUGAAUUGAACAAGCUUGAGUUAGAGUUACUCUUUCUGUUGGAUUUUAGAGUUAUGGUAAGCUCUCGGGUAUUUGAGAGCUACUGUUUUCACUUAGAAAAAGAGAUGGUUAUCAAUGGCACAGGCAUGAAGAUUGAAAGGGCAUUAACACCAAAGGCUAUGGAUGACUUAGAGACUGAAAUAUCCGUUGAAGAUAAACAAAGCCCUUCCCCACCUCAAAUUGUAGACUAACACGAUCAGUGGUUGGUUCUGGUCAAUUUUUGGGUCCCAUGCCCCUCCUUAGUCCUUCCCUUGCUCUUCACGGCGUGGUAAUAAUUGGAUCAUUCAUGGGCCAGUUUCGUUUCUUGUAUUUCACGUCAAUGUCAAAGCUUGUGAUAUUGCCUUUUGCCUCCUGCAAAAAUAAAGUACGAGGCUGAGUUAUUAUAUGAUUCACACGAACUGUAUUAAUUUGGCUUUGAUGACAAAAUACAGUUAUAUUAGUUUUUCUUCCCUUA